ACGCGUAUGAACGAAGUUGAAGUCUCGACUUUCUUCGGGUUUUUUUGUUUCGCAUGGAACUGAAAGUAUGUCCUUGGUAACAUGACUUGUCCAGUGUUAGACUGAGUUUUGGACGGGACUGCAAUGGCCACCAAACCAGAUUCGGUCCAGGGAUUGCACUGUCCAAUGUGUCUCGAUGUCAUCAGGGACGCGACCAUCCUCUGCUGUGGACAUUCCUUUUGCAGGGAUUGCCUGGAAGCAUAUGACAAACAGCACAAGGACCUGAAGCACAUUGUCUGUCCAGUCUGCAGGAAGUCCACCAAGCUUGACAAGGACCGCAUCGCGGGAUUAACACCCAAUUUCCUAGCCAAGGGACUUGAGGAUAUCCUGAAGGUCAGAGACAGCAAAGAAAAUAUUGAAGACGCGUAUUCUAAAUUCUGUCCAGUGCACAGUGACAUCUACCAAGAUAUAUACUGUCAGGCUUGUACUAAGUUCAUCUGUCUCUCGUGUUUUAUUGACUCUCAUCAAGGUCAUAAGAUUAAGAAAAAGGAGGAGCUUGAGCGGGAGCUAAAGAUCAGGAAAGAAGCUGUUCUGCAGAGAAGCGAAAUAAGAAAGACCCAGCUUGAGAAACACUUGAGUGAAGCUGACCAACAAAGAGAGCAACUGAAAUCCCACCUGGGUAGUUUGGAGAUGAAAGUCAUGGAUGCCUAUGCCAUCAAAGUUGAUAUUCUUCAGCAAAAUAAAGAAGAGUUGCUAGAAAAGAUAAAGGGUCUCAAAGUAUCUUCUGACAGGGUGUUCGGGCAUUGCACUUCGCAGUUGAUGGAAGUGAUGGACAGGAUAGAUCAGUCUAGCAAACUUUUGAUAAGUCAUUCAAAGAAGCAUCUUGAUCCAAAUGUGAUUAAAGGGGACAAUCUUAAAUGUGACAAUCUAGAAAAAGCAUUGGCAGAAACGACGGAUGAGGAAACUUUAGUUUGUGCAGCACAAUUAUUGGAAGAUGUAGAGGCCCUACAAUUCAGUCCUGCUGAUGAUAAGCUUCUUGACCUAGGCUGUAUGGAUUCUGGUCAGAAGAACAAUCUGAAUGGCAGUCGAAUGCCGACGUCAUCAACUGUUAUUUUUACUCUCUCAUUUUUAUCCUUGGAAAUAUUGAAUUUCUGAACAUAACUUCUGGAUGUACGCCUAGAAUAUGACUACUUGAUCUCCUGCACUGGGAACUGCAACUGGUCAAUUCCAGCGUAACGGACAUGACGUUCAGACAAAUUUUUGUAAUUCAAAGGUUUAUACAGUAGAAUUAGCAGC